AUGGACCAGGGAAAUUUUCAACACGAGAGCCUGCAUGACUUCAAUGAUCCACGAUUUGAAUUCAAUGAUCCACAAUUUGAAUUCAAUGAUGAACAGGUUGAUCUCAUGCUGCAAAUUUUGGUCGUCCCUCGAAUUAUCGGUCCGGGCCCAAGCCCGAACUCCCACGCUGGGUCGGCUCGCGAGUAUCUCGAACCUCAGUCGACACCAUACCUCCAGGCUGGGCCAUCGCAGGUAUAUCUUGACCCCAACUUGGCUCAGAACCUCCCAACGGCGUUUCAUGCGCACCCCAGCCCUGAUUCAGCAGUUGCUGGUCUCGAGGCCCCAGGUCUAUCCCGAGGAAGUUCCUUCCAGUCAUCGAUGGGCGAACCGCAGUCUGGCAAUUCCCCCUACAGUCCCGUGGACCAGUCUCUUCUCAACGGCCAGGGAAGGAUCACGACACAACGUCGACCUGUUACGUCGCCCACCGUACCGCCGCUAACCAAUGUUGCGUCGCCCCGUGGCCUGCUGAACGCCCUCAUACAGAUCAUGGUGGUGAUUGGAUCUAUUUUAUAUAUUGGCUGCGACAUGCCCAACAACACGCAGCUGCGUACUGUACAGGAGCACCUCCAAGAAGCGUUGUCUUUAGUUGAUAAAUUGAUUUCGCCAAACCAAGGGGGCGAGCGAAACGCGAAUGAUGAGGACAAGCAGUUUCGAUGCAUUCUCUGCCCGCCAAACAGAAAAUUGGAGUGCAAGAACCGGGGUACGUUUAAAAGGCAUAUAACGUCUAAACACUAUCCAACCAAACGUUAUUUCUGCCCUAUCUGCGGUGGGUCAGUAUGCUUCUCGAGAAAAGACAAACACUUGUUACACAUGCGGCAACACGACCAUCCAAGAUUGACCAGAGAGGAGAUGGAAAAUGUCACCCAGCACCUUCCUCCACCACUAAGAUGUGCGGUUCUUGAAUGUGAUAAUCCCAUUAGUACGUGGGAGGAUUUCAUCGACUGUCUUUGUCGGCACUGUACAAUAUCCGAUGAUUGGGACCAGGGAAAUGGAUCGGAUGGAGACGACGGCGACGGCGACGACGAUGACAAUAACGGGGAUGAUGGGGAUGGCGGCGGACAUGGUGGUGAAAACCAGUAUUUCUCCCCUCUCGGUAAAGGGUAUCAUGGGAACCUGCCGAAUGCGCCCCAGUAUGAUCAAUAUAGUGGCAAUCAAUUUGGUGGUCCCAGCGCAUGGGGAGGUACCGGCUCAUACAAUUAUUGCGAGGCAGCGCCUUGCAGCUAUCAAAGCUUUCGAUCAUUGGGUCUCGAGGGCGCCGCAACAGUACAGGCUCGAUCUGGGUUCCCACAGCCAAAGUCGACUGUCACAGGCUUGGAUUCCCAACACUCUCCUUCUGUUCCCUCCGCUAAGUGGAUUGAUGGCGACACCCGGCAUCUCGAAACUUUCGAGGCAGAACUGUGUCUCCGAUUUGGAACCUCUCCCGGGAAAACUCAGGGCGACCUGACUGAGGAAGACCCCAAGGAGAAGCCCAAUUCUGGCAAGGAAGCGGUGUCGAUUGCGGUCAGCAACGAAGUCUCUCGAGAGCUCCAACGGCUAAGAUAUUUUGAGACUCGCGUUUUCGAGAACCAAAAACAAGGUUCUCUCCUGACCUAUGUUCACGAAACCCUCGUCAUACCACGACCUGGGCACUUUGGGCAGGUCAUUGUGUCGUCUAUGCAUGAGAUUUUAUAUCAGAGAGUCGAGUUCGCACUGGAGAAGCAGCCAAAGAUCCCUGCGGAUUGUUUGUUCUAUUUGGCCAAGGAGAAGGGCCACAGAUCAUCCGAAGUGAAUCUUGAAGCGACAAGGCAGGCCUCGCCCAAGAAGCGAGCUCAUUUGAGAGUCCGCAUCAAGGCAAUUGCAGGAGUACUUGCUUUGCGCGCGGCAGUUUCCAAAGCACCUCUAGAAAUCGACAACACGGAAGUGAGCGACGGUUGGGAGCUAGGCAUCCCAUAUCCUCCGCAGGAGGAUGUAAUCAAGGUCCUGGCGUGGUUGGUGCAUGUUCUGGUGUUCUUUUUGAGGAUGCCCCCGAAUCCCAAGGUCUAUGUGAUGCUGGCGAGCGGCUCCCUGGAGGUGCCGAGACUGAACUGA